AUGACAACGGAAGCUGACCUGGCCACUGCCGCCGACCCGCGGACCCGCCGGCCCAAGACAGUUAUGUACGCCGAGCUGAUGAAGCCCGACGAAGACUGGCGGAACCUCCCGGACACCGCGGAGCGAAGGAAGAUCCAAAACCGUCUUGCCCAGCGGGCCUAUCGUGAGAUAAUACCCAUCCGCCUCCGCUUUUUGACAUUGGUCGCCAUUGUGCACACGAUAUCAGAACUGACCGGUCAAGCAACAACAGGUAGAAACAUGCGUGACAAGACAAAGGAAGUCGAGCUACUGAGGAAGCAACUGCAGGAGCUUCAAGAAACGGAGCAGCAUCAAGAGGAGCAGUCAUCAGCCUCGACGUUGUUGGUUCGGGAUGGGGCAAAUAGCAGCAGCAGCAGCAGUAGCAGCAGCGGCAAGAUAAGAGAGGGCGAGGCAGCACAGGCAGACAAGGCCUGGUCCCGGCAGUCAGAACGCCACAGAAGUGGAUUCAAGCCCGCUCCCGUGAACGACGACCCGGUGCCAUUCGACGACUUGAACACGUCUCCCACCAUGUCGGAAACGGAAGACUUUGGGUUCUAUCCCGCACCGGGCAACUUCGGUUCAGAACAUCACAAGAGGCGCCAGCAGGUGCAUCAUCAUCAACAACAACAACAACAACUGCGGCACACCACCCACCACGCGGACGGCGGUGAUGUGCCGGGCCCCCCGUCGAGACAAUCGAGGAAAGACGCCGGUUGGCCCCAUGAUCCCUCCGUGAUUAUCAGCCGCCGGGACUCCGGGUCCACCCACGGCCGGCACACUCCGGGCCCGGGCUUCGACAGACCCGAUUUCUUCCAUCUCUUGCAUCCGAACAACACAGAACUGCACUCCCCUCUCGGGUCCAGCCUGGCGGCGUCGACAAUCAGCCAUCUCGAUAGAGACCUGGAGAUGCCCCCGGGAUGGUACCCCUACGCCGGCUCUCUAUCACCGUCAAAAUCCGUCAGGAAGCAAUCCUUCCCGGGUCUCGCUCUCAGCUACGACCUCAACCAGGCGGAGAGCCGCCAGGGAACACAAUCGCCGCCGCCACCGCCGCCACCACCGCCACCACCCUCGACACUGCCGCAGCCCACUCCAUGUGCUUCACAACCAUCCGCUGCCAGUCCACAGCCUCUUCUUCCCAAGCCCACUGUGCCGCUCCUGCACCUGUCCAUCGCCUCGGGCCAGCUCGACACGCUGCGCCUGCUGCUGCAGCGCCAGGACAUAGCCAUAAACUGCAGAGACGGCUCCGGGUUCACCCCGCUGCAGCGGGCAGUGAUGCUGGGUCGCACCGACAUGGUUGCCCUGCUGCUGGAGCACGGCGCAGACUUGAGUAACGGGAUCCAAGAAGGGCAGCACUUGGAUGUCGCCGCGGGGUCGAGGUCCGAGACUGACUAUGCAAUGUACACUUCUUGA